AUGUCGUUCUCCUUCUCGAUUGCCCUCGACACCCUACAACAAGUGCCCCUCAGCACUCUUACAUUCAGUACCCUCGGCACCCUUGUGACCGCUACCCUAGGCACUUCCUACAAUCUGCCUUCAGCACCCUUACGUCAUUCAGCGUGCGAUGUCUUCACAUCCCUCAAUGAUUCGGCAUCUGCUUUCGGCACCUCUGCAUCAUUCGGCGCGUGCGAUGUCUUCACAUCCCCUCAAUGA